AUGGCUUUCGGUACACUAUACACAUACACUCCCAAUGCGCGGGUUCUCAAGAUCCUGGCAGCUGCCCGGGUGAACGGAUUGGAAAUUAAUGUUUCCCGGGAGUUUCAGAUGGGCAUCACGAACCAAUCUCCCGAGUUCCUGGCCAAAUUCCCCUUGGGCAAAGUUCCAGCAUUCGAAGGCUCGGACGGCACUCUGGUAUUUGAAUCCGACGCAAUUGCACAGUAUGUGGCUGAGAGUGGCCCCUUCCGUGACAAGCUCCUGGGCAGAGAUGCCGUUGAAAGGGCCACGAUCCGGCAGUGGAUUUGCUUUUCGGAUCAUGAAAUCAUGGGCCCAGUUACGCAAUUGGUAAUGUGGCGAGUCGGAAUGGUGCCAUUCGAUGCAUCUGUGGAGGAGAAGGCCAUGGUGACUCUUCGCCGAGGACUGGGCUGCUUGGAACGCUACUUGGCUGGGCGAAAGUGGCUGGCUACCGGGGAUGAACCAAGCUUGGCAGAUUUCACUUUGGCUGGCGCAUGUUACUGGGGCUUUAUGCAGGUCAUCGAUGCGAAGAUGCGUGCUGAGUUUCCCUUGGUUACCCAGCUGUAUCAACGGCUCAUCGCAUGGGAGGAUGUGCAGUCUAUUUUCCAGGAGGCUACAUUCAUUGACGAGCGGAUUGAACAUUAAGAAAUGGCAAAUUGUCCAAUUUUUAUAAAUACAACCAUUGAGCAAAGCUAUCGACGCCGAACCUUCAUCAUGUACUUUCCAGCCUGGAGCUGCAACGCCACCCUGAAGACAGUCGAUUCGUCCUGUCCCGGGACAUACUCCAAUGUGAACUUUCUGAGCAAGGUCACGAUGGACAGGAAGAUUUCCUGCAAGGCAAAGUGCUUUCCAAUGCAGACCCGACUUCCUGCGGAGAAUGGAUAGAACGGCACACGUGGCUGUUUUGGACCAUCGGGGCUCGACUCGAUCCAACGCUCGGGAAUAAACUCUUCUGGCGCAGUCCAUACGGAGGGAUCCAAAUGGAGCGUGGCUGUCGUUGGGAACACUGUAGUCCCCCGGGGAACUUGGUAUCCCAGUAUCUCUGUAUCCUCGACAGUCUCUCGUGGACUGCCGCUUGCCAUAGCCGCGUAUAGUCGCAUAGUCUCAUCGAUGCAUGCCUGUAGAUAUGGCAUCUCCGGGGACGAUUCUGCUGUAGUUUCUUGCCUGGCAUCCGGAUAGCAUCUGUCGAUUUCGGCGUGCAACUUUUCCAGUUUUUCGGGGUUUUUGGCCAGCAACAUCAGCAAGAAUAUUUCCGCAUUGGCAGUGGUUUCGCUGCCUGCGGUCAACAAGACAACGGCCUCGUCUUGCAGAUCCGACGUGCGGAAUAGAGAGCCAGGCCGGUCAUCGACAGCCUCAACAAGCUUCUGCAGAAGGUCUUGCCGAGGAUCAUCCGUCAUGGUAGUCCGUCUUCGAUUGACAAUCCCCAGGGUGAACUGAUCAAUGUACGGGUCGCGCGUGGGAAACCAGGGAAGUCCCUUCAGCCACGGAAGGAACUGAAAGAUACCAGAGAGAACCAAGCUGCGCUCGAUUUUCAAAGGCAGCGGGUGGCUCCCCUGCUGGACGACAUUGAACGUCUCUCCAAACACCGUGGCUCCGAUUAUGUCGACUGCCAACGCGCGGAUGAGGCGGUGCACGUCAAUCACUGCUGCACCUUGGCUGUUGUCACAGGCGGCCGAGACUUGAUCGAUGGCCACGGCCACACAUUCUCUCAUGAUCGGCUCCAUUCCUCUGAUAUAUCGAAUGCCGAAG